AGAAAGCGUCUACACGAUCAAGAUCAUUUUGAGGGACGGGAAUGAACAAAUUACUACCAUUUUUAGCCUUUUGAGUGGUCUUUAUCUUCAAUAUUCCAGGUACUUAGAUUCAUUGACAUUGGACUUUGCAUGUCUGUGGAACAGGUGUAAGAACAGUAACAUGGAUCCCAGGGGAGGAGAAAGUCCAUAUUACAGUGAAUGGUAUCGGUAUAGGUCACAAGGUUACAGUGAUAGCCGAUACGGCCAUGACUAUCCUCCUGACAUUGAAGAUGAUGCACAAGGUUAUCGUGUUUAUGGGGAGGAGUUACACAGGCAAGGUCCUGAUCAUCACAGAUAUUAUUAUGAUGAUAUUGAUGAUCCUGGUUAUAGAAGAUAUUACCUUGAGGAGGUCGAACGCUACGGUGAAAGAGAAUACCACCGUGACAGUGUUGAAGGUCCUAGUUACAGGAGAGAUUCCCAUGAGGAGGUCGGACCUUAUGGUGAGAGGGAAUACCACCGUGACAGUGUUGAAGAUCCUGGUUACAGAAGAUAUUACCUUGAAGAGAGGGAGAGGGAGUACUACCGUGACAGUAUUGAAGGUCCUAGUUACAGGAGAUAUUCCCAUGAGGAGGUCAGACCUUAUGGUGAGAGGGAAUACCACCGUGACAGUGUUGAAGAUCCUGGUUUUAGUAGAUAUUACCAUGAGGCGAUCAAACGUUAUGGUGAGAGGGAGUACCACGAUGACAGUGUUGAAUAUCCUGGUUACGGUAGAUAUUACCACGAAGAUGUCAGAAGUUCCAGUUAUAGCAGGUACCCCCAUGACUAUGUUGAAGAUCCUAUUUACAGCACACACCAUCGUGAAAAAGAUCCUGGUUAUAGAACAUACCACCAUGACAAUGUAAAAGACAAUACAAAAGAAUCUGGUGACAACAUCCGCAAUGAUAAUGUAGAGGAUUCUGGUGACAGCAGAUGUCACCAUGAUAAUUUUGAAAGGCAAAGACUCCAGAAGACUCAGAAAAGUCCUGUGCCAGUGAUAGAACAUACUCCGUCAAACACAUGCACAGGACAAAAGAUUCAUAAUAAUGUUAAAAAUAGCACAGAAAAUGCUAAACCAAUUCCAACAAUUCAUGGCAAAGGUUACAACAGAUCACCAAAGAAAUGGAAUGAACAACGGGGGACUCCUCAGAGUGUUAACACCAUUAUUAAUAGCAAACCUGCAACACCUGGAAAGCAGGUUAUUAGACCUUUUGUGCCAGCAAGUCAGCAACAAGGUUCAUAUGACAAGAGAGUUGCUGUGUCCAAAGCUACUGUGAAUUCUGGAUUUAAACCUCAAGAGAACCAAGUUAGUAAUCCUAAGCCUCAUAGUCCAUCUUUAGCAUCAUUAAAAGGAAAUCAGUCUCUUAAAUUGAGUACUACAAUGAGCCAGCAGUCGAAAAUUGGGACUGAAAUCUCUCUGCAAUCUGUGACUGAUAUAGAUCAACAGUCAAAUAUUGAAACAACAAAAUUUGGGCAGGUUGGUGUACUGCAGCACGAAAAUAGCUCAUUCAAACUGAAAUCUACACUUCUUCAGCAGUCUGAAGGCACCAAAGUUAACUUCCCUAGAACCAGCCUAGAUAACCAGACUUUUCUUCCUGUAACUUUGACUGAUUUGCAGACUAGUUCUAGAACGCAGUCAUCAAAUCCUUCAUCUGCUUUAACAAGCUCACAGCUAACGUCAUCCAGCUUAAGAUUUAGUUCAGGUCUUCCUGGAAGUAUAAGCCAGGUUAAGGCAAUGUCAGUUGACAAACCUGUUGUAAAAGAAAGGAAUGUUAGAAAAACAUCAGAUUCAUUUCUAAACAAGACUGAAGAAAAACAUUGUAGACCAAAAGUUUUAGUAGAGAUUGAAUUAGUUAAAAAGUUAGAAGGUAUUGAACUUGGUACACAAAACAAGGAAAGAGAGAAAAUUAAAGACUUACCCGUGAAAGUGACUGAUUCUGGAAUAACUCUUCGUAAAGAUAUACAUGAAGAUGAAUGUAUAUCAGCAAUAGAGAAAGACAAAAAGAAUGAAGACAGUGGCAGUGUAGCCAAGGUUGUUGUUUCAACCAUAGGACAUUUUUCUAACACAGUGAAAAUUGGGGAGGAUGCUUCAUGUCUUGUAAGACAUGAGAGGGAAGAGCAUAAAGAAACGCAAGGCUUGGAGGAAGAAACAAAUAGAAAAAGUGAAAAAGACAUCAUUUACAAUACACAGAAUGAAGGGGCUAAAACAGAAAAAGAAAUUGUUGUAGACAAAGAUAUGUUGCAAAAUAGGUUUAAUGAUGAAACUGAAACUUGCAUCACUGAUAAGCAAGGGGUUAUCCUUGAAGCAAACUCAAGCAGUACCAAGGAUAUUAUAACUUCAGUUAUAGCUGCUAAACCAAAACCUGAAUUUGAUGCAACUGAAUAUAAGCUGACUGUAGGAGUAAAUGAAACAGAACCAAAUUACUCUGAAGAAAAAGAAGAUACCAGCAGUUUAAUAGAAGGAGAACAUGAUAUGACAAUAAAACCUUGUGAUGAAUAUAAUAAAGAUGAAAAAGAGAUUGAAAAUGGAGAAACUGCUAGGAACAGUUUAACUACAGAGGGAAAGGAAAAGGGAGAAAUAGUUUGCCCUGUUAGUGAUCUUCAUAAAAGAGUCUUGGAAAAAUUAAGCCGUAAAACUUCACUGGUCAGAAAGGUCAAUGACCAUUCAUUGAAACUACUAGAAAAUUCAAAAACUUCAAAUAGUAGUGGAAGUUUGGUAGAACUUGCAAUGGAUGAUAACCUAAUGGAAGUUGAUGACAGUUUUGAUGCUUGUUCAGACACUGAUAGUUUUGACUUGAAGGCAAACAAUAAUACUGAAACCAAAAACAAGAUAUAUGCUGAAAAUGAUUAUAGAGCUGAAAAUGAAAUAGAUGAAUUAAAUGUUGAUCAAUCAUUAACUAGUGUAACUGAGACAGACAUGGAAGAUACAAGUUUUGAAUGCAGAUUGGACACUUCAAAGAGUCCUGAAGUAACAGAACAGAAUUCAGCAGGUGAACAGAGUACAAACCUGAUGAGUGAGUAUAAUGACUGUUCAACUAACAUGCUUGGUGGAGAAUCUGAAACAUAUUUUGGGGUUGUUGAUAAUUCAGAUGCUAGCAUGCAUAUAUCUGACACUGUUGAUAUUGGUGUUAAGAAUGUUAAUAACAGAGUUCAUGUUUUUGAAUUAGAACAUAGAGAUUCACUUAACAUAGGUGAUGCAAAAGUAGAAAAAAUAGAUGCACUAGGUAUGUUUGCUGUUGAUGAAUUUGGAAGCAAAGACACUAAUAACAUUGAUGAUGCUCAUUAUUUGGAAAAUAGGGAUACACCUCAUGUUGAUGUUAUAUUGGAAAGUAUGGACACUGAUAGUAAAGUCAGUGAAGCUAAAUUGGGAUGUGUGGAUUCUCAUAACAGUGAUGCUGCUAUUAGAUUAGAAAGUAAGGACACUUCAAGUAUGGUCUAUGCGAAUACAGUGGGUAACAUGGAUACUUAUGAUACUGGAAAUAAAGACAAACAUGAUAUGAUUGAUGACAAUGGCCAUUGUGAGGUUACUGAUGCAUUUCAAAAUGAGGGUUUAGAUGAUUUGCUAGAUUCAGAGCUGAGGAAGAAGUAUAAUAUCAGAGAAGCCUUUGUCAGUCUUGGCAAGAUAGAUAAUCAGCCAAUUGAGACAGAUGAUGAGCUUUGUGACGUAGAUAAUCAGCAAAGUGAGAUACAGGAUCAACAGUUUGAGGUAGAUGAACAGACAAGUGAGUUAGAUGACCAGGGAAGUGAAGUAGGAGAUAUGCAAAGUAAGUUAAAUGAUCAGGGAAGUGAGGCAGAAUAUCAGCAGAGUAAGGUUAAUGACAGACUAUAUGAGCCAAUUCCAAAUGAUAAUCAGGCAUGUCAGUUAGAAGAUCAGCAAAAAGAGGCAGAGGGUAAGAAAGAGGAUACAGUCAAAACUGACAAUUGUGAGCAUCCUGUGAAUGACUCACCAUUAGACAAAACAUGUGAAGAGCCUGGGGAUAGUAUUGCUAGUGAUAUGCAUUCCCCAAUGAAAGGUUUUGAAGAAGGUAAAAGUAAUCAAGAAAAACUUGGUUUAACACCCAAUGAAGGUAAGAGGACGACUGUUCCACUGAGUGAACGUUUUGGUCAGCUUGCUUAUAGACCAGAAGAGACUGAAACUCAGGAGUGUGCUAAUGAAACUGUGUAUAAAGCUGAAUUUGAAAAUAUUAUAAAUAGACUUAAGAAAAAUGAAUCAAAUGAUCAGACUGAAUCUAAAACAGAACAUGAAAAUAUGGAUACGGGUGAUGGCAAAGGUGAUGAUGUAGCAAAUGAGUCAAAAAAGGCAAGUGAAAAAGACAAGGAAAUGGGUGACAAAAAUGACAAGGGGAAUACUGCAAAUCAGAGUGGCUCAAGAACAAAGACAGAGCUGUCAGGUGUGAAACCAUACACAACCAGUCCUGUGUCGUUCUUGGACUACAGUGAUGAGUCAGAUGAUGAACUUCUGGUCACGCCAUCCGCCUUUUUGCGAUCUAUCGAAGAAAUCAAUGGCCGCCCUGUAGUUAUCACACCUACAAAAGUUAUGGACUCGAGUCAGAACAGCACUGCUACUACUAGUAGUAGUGAUUUAUCUCCCCUUAAACCAGUUGCACAAAGACCAGGAUUGAAAAAUAAGUUCACUCUGGAUGGACUGUUACUAGACCAUGAAGAAAAGGCUGACUUGGUGAAAGAAAUGGAUGAGAUAGAUCAACAGCUUCAGGAUGAAAUCAGACAAGGUGGAUUUGUAAAUAUUUUGAAUAGAGAAGAUGCGGCUGCUGCAGACUCACAGAUUACUGAGGAACAGAAAGAAAUGCUGAAACAGUUUGAGGUGGAGGAGUCCCGUAUUUGCGAAGAUCGCCCCGGUGUGCUAGUGUUUGAUCCUCAACAUUAUCAGUGUCUAUUUACCAGCAUGCUCCGCCCCACAGACUGCGGUUUUACAGUCGGAAGUAAUGGAUUGUUGCUUGAAAAACAUUUAGAAUCUCUGACCCCAGCUCAGUGCAAGCGGGUGAUUACAUCAGGAAUUAUCUCCCAGUGUUUCACGAAGAUAUCCUGUCAAGCACCUCUCAUGAGAUGGCUGUUUUUUAUCAUUUCGGUACAUGAUGAUUAUCAAGUGCAGCAGGGAUGUAAGAAAAUAUUGCUGGAAAUACUUCACUUCCAACACAUCUAUGGACCACAGAAGUGGGCACCAAGAUUGGUUGAUGUCCUCUCUGUGCUUGUGAAUUUUGGUGCUGCCUUGGAGUCUCUUAUACCUUGCGGCUCCAGUACACUGGAAAUAAUCAGUGGUAAACUUACACAUGAGCCUGACCACAUACAUCAACCAGUGCCGCAGAAUGCAGGGAUGAACACAGAGAACUUGAUACUGAUGUUGCAGAUACUUGCUCAAUGUCUACAUGGACCAAGUGGAAGAUACAGCCCAAAUGAUCUAAGUCUGUUAUGUGUGGCACUGUGUGAAGCAUCUCUGGACACAUCCUUAAAAAAUUUUUGUGCAAAGGGAGCAUUCCAGAAUUGUAUUACUAUGGUGAUAAGGCAGUACUUAGAAGCUGAUUGGCUGAAAGAGAGGUUAAAAUUGACGAGAAUGUUGGUUAGUGUCACAGAUCAUCAUCAUAACAGUGCACAUAUAGCAGAGUUAUUUCCCCCUGGGGUGAGGGGCAUGUAUCUUCAGAGAAGAUUUUGUUACCUUGUACUCAGUGAGAUCUUGCUGGAUAAAACCAAUGUAUCUGAUGAUGUCCUGAUGUCCAUACAGAUCAAGGACUUGGAGAAGUUUAUUCCAAAAAUAAAAGAAUUGUUAGAGAACGACUCGUACAAGCUGUCAAGUGUUGUCACAUUAAUAGAUCUUUGUGUUGGAGUUCAUGUUACAUUAAACUCGGAACAAAGGGAGCAGCUGAAAGACUUGUUGGAACAAGUGAGACGUGUACGGGUCCGAGAUAAUGUCAGCAUGCUUGACAGGACAAGGGUAAAAGAUAUGAUUGUGAGAAUGACAAGCAAAUGGGCACUAGAUAUACAAACUAUGAAAGGCAAACAGACAAAAAUAUUUGAAUAUGCCAGUCCAGUGAAAAUGCAUAUAGAAGCAGUUCACGCACUGCAGUCCAGUGGGGAGGAGGAGGAAGAUCAUUCAGACAGUGACAGUGACCUUCCAUGUAAAAUACAGAAGUUGUCGCCGGACUUAAAUACCUGAACGUCCUGUAAUACAUAAAAAUCGUCUCCAGACUUAAGCACCAUGGUGUGUUCCUGUUGUUACAUGUGUAUACAAGGUUAAUUGCAGGAAAAUGUGUCAAGUUUAUUUUUAGAUUUCUGGAAAAUGUAACUGUAUAAAUUACCGCAGUGUGUGUACUUGCAUAUGAAAUUUACAUCGGGUUUAUAUCUGUGUAAUUAGUUUCUUUAAAAGAAACAAAGCAAUGUUACAAACUGAUUAUAACUUCCCUUUGAACUUACGUUGGAAGGGUUCAAAACAGAAGUUAUAGCUAAAAAAGAUAGCUGCUGUUUUAUUUUCAAGCAUUAGAAAAGUGUUAAGGUGGGAUUAGUUUUGAGUAUAUCAGUAUUAAAGUGAUGGAUUGGUUCUGAGUAUAUUGGUACUAAAAUGGAGGAAUGGUUUUGGGUGUAUCGGUAUUGAAAUGGUAGGCUAAACAGGUGGAAUAGUCUGAAAACAUCAGUUCACCUGCUAAGGUGAAUAGGGAGAAAGCAGAUCUAUGGAUCUCGGGGGUGAUGAGAGAUGCAGUUGUAUAAAGUUUCUUUAGCAAAUGAAGCAUUUAUUUUUGUUAAGCAAUUUUAUUUGGUUACUUUCUAUAUCGCAUCAUUAUGCUUACUUUGUAUAUGUUUAAUGUGACUCUUAAGGUGGCAUAUUACACUUUAAGAAUCAUUAUUUCUUAAACUCUUCACAGGUUUUUGUCCUUUUUACUAUUUUUCAAAAGCAUAUAAAUCUAAACAUUUUUGAAAAGGUCUUUCUAAUCUGUGAACAGAUAAAACAAAACAGGUCAUAGAGAUAUAACUAAAAAUGAUACAGGUCACCAAAGGGAAUAAAAGGUUUUACCCAUUAUAUGUUUGUAAUUGUUAUAUCUGUAGGUUUGUUUUUAUCUGUUUAGAGAUUUUAAAAAAUUGCAGGUUCAUAUAGCAAAUGAAAUUUAUUAAAGUCUUAUACGCCACCUUAGAUUGAAAUCCAUUUGCUGUAUAUUUGCAAAGUUUUGUCAUUAUUUUUGUUUCAAGGGCUUAAUACUGGAUCUUGACUUUUAUUUGCAAUUUUGAGAAAGAAGGAUUCGAGUCUUGAAAGAAGUGGGAAAAUCUGCAACAUUUAGCGAAAAACUGUUUGUAGACAGUUUGGAUUUUAUUUUCUUAAUUAUUCCUGUCAAUAAGUUCAUCUGUGUUCAAGUAAACUCUGUAGGACUGAACCAUUUGUGUUUUUCACAGGUAGAAUUCUAGGUUAUCUAAGUAGCUACAGAUGUAACAGACAAGCAGAACUACCUUGAAACCUGUGUUUUAUUUUACAGAAAGCAUGUUGUAAAGCUAGACUGACACUCUACUGUUGUCCAGUUUAAAAGAAAUCUCCUAAAAUUAGAUAUGUCCAAUUUCUUUCAGCUUGCUGCAUUAACAUAAAUUGAGAAAAUUAACUGAAACAGAAACAGUUUUUUCCAGUUGACAGUUUCUAAAAUUAGAAUCAAACAUUGAGAUCUCCUUUUGAUUGAUAAAAUUAAUGACCAAGCUUUAAAUUAAAUGGCUUGCAUUAUGUAUAUAUGUAUAUUUUUUUAUGUAAUUACAUCUAAGAUAUAAAAGAUAAAACAUAAUUCCUGUCAUAUUUUGUCACAUAAAUCUACAUUUACAUGAUGAAAUGACUAAUAUACUAUCCAUUUGCAUUUAAUUAUGUUCAAUAUCACAGAUUUCUUGUGGUGAAACUGUAUUACACAGAUAAGUUUGGGAAUUGUAUAGAAGCAAAAUGACUUACAGUGAACUGUGAAUGUGCAGGGAAAAAUAUUUAGAAAUAUUGAAUGUUAGUAAUAUAAAAACUAUAUUAAGCAUAGAGUUUUAAAGCCUAGCUAUUAAUAUUAAAAUGCAUGCAUUUGGGAAGGGUGAUAGAUAAAAAAUCUGUUAAUAGAGAUACCUCACCAAAAUGGAUUUGUUCUAGGUGUCUGCAAAAUGACCAGUCUGAAUGUUAUAAAACUAAGUUUGAAGAUCAGUCACAAAACAAAACAAUCUGGUUGGUUGUUCCUGAGCACAGAUAAAAAAUUGACCAAUGAGAAAUGUGCAUUUGGAGACUUGACCUAAAAUUCAUUUUUAUAACCCUUGAGCUUGAAUUUAUUGCCGCAAGGAAGUGGGUGAGUUGGUCCAGUACUGUCAUACUACAAAACCAGGGAUCAUGAGCUCAGUCCCCACAGUUCUAAAACUAAAACAGUCUAAAAUACAGAUUAGUCAUAUGUUUGGGGGUUUUACACCUGGCAUGUUAAAGAACCAGGGAAGCGUCCGAAAUUGGAGCAUCUUCUGUAUCACGCACUAUCCUCCCACUGAUAUAGCUUACAGUAUUGUCCAUAUGUGUUACUAGUGGCUGCUGUUGUACACACACAAGCAUGCAGUCACACACAUCAUUUGAUGAAAUAACCAAAUGGGUAAGCUGCACUUUUAAGGUAGUUGUGCAUGAUUUUAAUCAACAGGAAGUCAUUGCAAAAACAUAUUUUUAUUCAGUUAAUCUAGAUCAUGUAAACCACAGGUGCGCGUCCAGUCUUGGUGCCCAUACAGGUGCUGCCCCCUCAAAAAAAAAAAAGUUAAAAAACACUGUUUUAAUCAUAAAACGAAAAACAAAAAAUGAAAAAAAAAAAUUCCUAUAUAUACUCUUACAUUGAAAAGGUGCUUAUGUUGCCGUAACGCUAUGGAGGUUUACUAGGACACGCUGUGGAACAACUGAAAAUUUCAGUACCAAUGCAAGCUGCCUUGUUGCUGUUUAUACAUCGGACAUUUAGAAAACAUUAAACAAUCCUAUUCUACCUAGUAUACAACCUUGAAUAACUUACAUUUAAAUUCUAAGACGCCAAGAACGGAAUAGGUUUUCUACUUUCGUUUUGCCGAUCGUCACGGUUAUUUUGCAAGUGUCUGGACAAUUUGGCUUGUUUGAAUUUAAAUGUAAGUUAUUUAAGGCUGUUUACUAGGCAAAACAAGAUUGUUUACCAUUUUAUAAAUGCAUGAUGUGUAAAUGGCAGCAAGGUAGCCUCUACUGUUACUGAACUUGACAUUUUUAUUGUUCCACAGCGUGUCCUAGUAAACCUCCAUAGCGUUACGGCAACACAAGCACCUUUUCCAUGUAAGAGUAUAUAGGGAAUUUUUUUUUCAAAAAAACCUUUUUUUCAUUUUAGGAUUAAAACAGUGGUUUUUAACUUUUUUUUUUGAGGGGGUGGCACCCAUAUGGGCACCAAGACUGGACGGGCACCUGUGUGUAAGACACGCAACAAAUAAUGAUAACCCAUGUAUUAUCUAUAAUAAAAAUGCAACUGUCUUUAUAAAUGGUAAUAAUUCAAACUUUAAGAUAGAAAUGUGAACAUAUUUCAUAUGCAAUAAAUAUUUAAUAUUAGAACUAUUUCUGUUGUAGUCUGUUAGAAGAAUGGUAUGUAGAUCAGCAGGACAUUUAGGUUAACAAGGAGAUAAAGCUUUUUGCAACUUGACCAAUGUGGUAAAUGCGCAGACACAUUAAUUCCAAUAAGAUAUAAUAUAAAAGAUUAUGGUAAAAUAUAAGUAUUUAUGUAGUACAAAAUGGAUUAAGAGACGACCCAAAGUAUUGGCAAUAAAAAAGUCUCUUUAACAACACAAAAAAAAAGAACUGAAAAGAUGGUCUCUUAACCCUUAUCAUGCCAGACACGAUUUAUUCUGUCUUUGUGACCAGUUUAGAUCAUGAUCAGAUUGCAAAUCAGUGCAGUCUGAUCAUGGUCUGCUCUGUUCGCUAUUCAGUGAGUAUCUUUUUGGUAAGCACCCCUUUUAACAGUUAAUGGUACUGUCCAAAUUGAAAUAUGGACAAGUUCAUUAUAGUAAUUUAGCUGGGUAAUGAUUAAAGUGGUCUCUGAAUAGAGGUGGUCUCUUGAGUUUGACUGUGUGUUUGUGUUUAUGUUACUUCUUUGUUUCAUAUACAUGUAUUGUUAACUUUUUCUUCUAAAGUCUAAAUAGAACUGUGCAUUCAUGUUAACUUAAAAGUGACGUCAGUUGAUGUUAAAUUUUUUGUUUUCAAAUUGAUUUCUUUUAAACUAAAAAGGUACAAAAGAUUUCUUGUUUUUUGUUUGUUCAGAAAUAUUUUGCUGAAUACAGAUAAUGCCUAAUUUACCUUAAGUUUGAAGACUAUAACUAGAAUACACACUUACAAGUUAUCAUAAAAGCACAGUACUUUGUUUCUCUAUUGUACAAAAUACUUUUUUAUGGAAAAUUAUUUUGUAAUAUUGUGCAAUAAAAUUUGUUACAAAUGA